AUUAGCACUGCAGUUGCAACCAGCUAAGUUGACUCUUGAAGAAUAUUUGAUAGUGAUUUUUGAAGAAUUCCCAGAGGAUUUAAGAAAAAGAAAAGGAACUAAAUUGUUUCCCGUUAAUGGAGUGCAUCAUGUUCGAGUCUAUCACUUCUCUGGCCAUCUCCAUAACGCUAUGAAGCUUAAACAUUCAAUGAAACAGUUAUUCAAAGAAGAGGAAAAGAAAGUUCUCAACAAUGUACAACUGCUCUGUUCUUCGUGUACUCCUUAUCUUGAUCUUCAUCUUAUCUGGCUGGGUCAAAGGCAAUCUUCAAAUCUCUAAACACCAGCAACACAAAAACCAUUCAACUAAAGCCUCUCAUGGGUCUCAGGAAAGAGUGAAACGAGGCUGGAUUUGGAGCCAGAUAUUUGUUGAAGAAGAAGAUCCAACAGUGAGAAAGAUCGGUCAGCUGAAAUCAGACUACGACACAGGAGACUUUACCAUAAAGUACAUCCUAUCAGGUGAAGGAGCUGGUGAGCUCUUUAUUAUAGAUGAGUACACAGGUGACAUUCAAGUGAUAAAAUGCCUGGACCGCGAGCAGAAGGAUUUCUAUAUACUGCAGGCUCAGGCCAUCAACCGCAGGUCCAAACAGCCCGCUGAACCUGAAUCAGAGUUCAUUAUUAAAGUCCAGGACAUCAAUGACAACGCUCCGGAGUUUAUAAACGAGCCCUAUGUCUCCAGCAUCCCUGAGAUGUGUCCCACAGGGACCACAGUUAUCCAGGUGACGGCGACAGAUGCAGAUGACCCCAUGUUUGGGAACAACGCUAAACUCAUUUACUCCAUACUACAGGGCGAUCCCUACUUCUCAGUGGAGUCCAAAACAGGUAUAAUUGUGACAUCAUUGCCCAAUAUGGACAGAGAAGCCAGGGAUAUGUAUCUGGUCGUGGUUCAGGUAAAAGAUAUGCUUGGACUUACUGGAGGCUACAGCGCCACAACCACAGUGACCAUCAGCCUGACUGAUGUCAAUGACAAUGGGCCCAUGUUCCAGCACAAUUUGUACACAUUUUCAAUAUCAGAGUUUGCUCCAGUGGGCACCACAGUGGGCAGAGUAAUGGCGGAUGAUGGGGACAUUGGUGUUAAUGCAAAGAUUAAAUACAGUUUAGACGACUUGGAGGAAAGUAGCACCUUCACAAUCCAGACAGACCCCAACACUCAAGAGGGAAUUAUUAUACUAUCUCAGCAGCUGGACUAUGAAAACAAAAGGCGUUUCGUCAUCACCGUAGAGGCCAGUAAUGUAAACGAAGACACUCAUUUUCUAAAUGGGCUGGAGUCUCGUGACAGAGCAACACUCAAAAUCAUUGUGAUGAAUGUGGAUGAGCCGCCCAUCUUCUCUGAAAUGCUCUACAGAUGGAGCAUUUUGGAAAACACCCCAAUUGGCACUGAAGUUGGUACAGUCUACUCCAGAGACAUUGACGCCACCAACAACCCCAUAAGAUACAGCAUUUCACAAAGCAGUGACAGAAGCAACAUGUUCAGAAUUAACCCUGGUAAUGGGACAGUAUAUGUGGCUGAGCCUUUGGAUCGAGAGACAGCGGCCUGGCACAACCUGACCAUCACCGCAAGAGAGAUAAAAGAUGGGCAGCUUUUCUCCACAGUGUCUGUGCAGAUUAAAGUACUGGAUGUCAAUGACAAUGUGCCAACCCUGUCAAAAGACUAUCAGCUCUACGUGUGUGAGGAUACGGAGGCAGGAGAGAACGUUGGGUUGAUUAGUGCUACUGAUAUAGAUAAUCCAGUGGAUGGUCAUCAUUUUUACUUCUCCAUGAUUCCUGACAAACUCAUAAAUCCAAACUUCACCAUCAGAGACAACCAAGAUAACACAGCUGUCAUCCUGGCUCGACGAAGCACCUUUAGCCGACAUGAUCGUAUGCAGUAUCAUCUUCCUGUGGUUAUCAGAGACAAUGGUUCACCUAUCCUGUCUAGUACCAAUACACUUACCAUCAUCGUGUGUAUGUGCCAGCCUGCAGGUCACUGUCCAUCCGGUGGUGUGAAAGCCCAAGUCUCUAUGGAUGUCAGUAUACUGACAGCGCUAAGUGUGGCUGUGUGUAUAAUUGCACUUGUAGUGCUGUCUACAAUAAUUCUAGCGUUGCAAAAAUACAAGAUGCUACAUACAAAGAAACUAGCUAUGCAAGAGCUGGAGACAGAAGAGUCUUCGGAGAAAGUGAUGAGUUUCGCCAGACCAGACACAGAGUCCUGCCAAAAUGUUCCCUUGAGGCAAAAUCAACGCCGUCGAGAGCACAGGCUCCACAGGGAGGAUGUUGCAGCUAGCAUCCGCAUGUCUUUGCGCCACUCUCACCUGAUCGGACCCGAGGAUGAGGUCUUUCAACAGUUUAUUCUCGACCGUCUGGCUGAGGCAGAUGAAGAUUCACAUGUGCCACCUUUUGACACUCUGAAAACAUAUGCCUUUGAAGGGACGGGGUCUGUCAUGGGUUCGCUGAGCUCACUGGAGUCGACCACAUUUGACCCUUGUGUAAGUCGAGGUCAUAUCCUACGGCUGUCACCAUGGCAGGGAGAACUGGAAGAUGAGACCAUGUUCUGAACCCAGAGUAACAACAUCUGAAAAUGAAGAGCUCUCUUCCAAAACUCUAUAAAUCCAUUUUAAUAGUUUUCAUUUAAAUGAAUUUUUUUUUACGAAGACCCAUACAUUUUGUUAAUAUUCAAUUUAUCCUGUUAAAAUGGUCUGUUGGCUCAGUCUGAACAUGUUAAACAAUGAUUGUUAAAUGAAACAACAAUAUUGUCGAUUAUAAAUUUAAAUCUUAUCAAAGAUUUUAUUUGAAUUUUUUUUAAUUGUUGGUUUAUUUCUUUUUAAAAACAAACAAACCAGAGAACAUGCAACAUAUGACAUCAGGGACUCAUACUAUAAAUUAAUAUAAAUCAAAUAAAUGCAAAUGCAUGAAAUAAAUAACAGCCAAAUAAAAUAAAUAGUAACAAACUAAAUAGUAAAAUAAAAUAAAUAUUUAAAAUUUCAUGUUUCAAUAUUUUCCACCACAAACAACAAAUUUAAAAAUAACAUGCAUACAAAUACCACUUACGAGCAAAUUCUGAUUGGUCAAGAGGACAUAUUGCAACUAGGCUAAAAAGUUUAGGUUCGGCACUUAUAGCGUUUUGGAAAGAAACUGCAUCUUGCAGAACAUUGCAGAACAUUUUAGGAAAUAUAGUGAUUUGGCAUGAAACAUUGAUGGAUCAGUGAAUAGGUUUAGUAUACAGCAAAAUGGCAUGACAAACCAUUUAUGCAAUUCCUACCCUAAUCAAUCAUAGAUCGAGGCAACAUAAAAAUUAUCCGCAAUUAACGCCUUAUAUAAGCGAAUCGACCGAUCUGUGCAAUAAACUGAAUGUUACUAACAACAUAUAUAUAGUUUGCGAAAUUGCUUCACACGCGUUCCAAUUGCAUUCAUGUUUCCUACCCAGCAGACAUUGGUUUGAUGGCAAGGUCUUGUCCCUGGCCAAAAUAGUCGAGGUAGGACAGCGUAAAUCGGUAAAAAUAUGUGAUAAAGAACAUUUCCUAAAAAUGCAUUCAGAUACAUGUGUACAUACCAACAGUUCUCUGGUAUUGAAUGUAUAAAUGUUACUUUGACAUUUAGCUAUGUAUUUCUAUAAAUACCAGCGUUGUAAUGUUACUUGAGAAACAUGCUCCUGUUAAAACUAGUCUGGUUCCAUCUGCACAUGUUUCAUCCUGGUUUACUACGGAACUCUAACCAAUGAAAGCUAUAGGACGUUGCUUGGAAAGACUGUACAGGAAAUCUGGACUCACUGUGCACUCCUUGGCUUUGAAAGAACAUUUGCUCCACUACCGUACAGCCCUCAAUGCUCACUCAACAAACUCUCUCUCUGCUUUGACUCUAACUACUUCUGCUGCCAUAAUUGACCUAAUUGUGAAGUCUAAUUCAACAUCCUGCCAGCUUGAUCCUACACCGACUGUUUUGCUUAAGAUGUGUAUUCCUGAGGUUGAACCUUUCAUAACACUUAUGAUAAACUGUAGUUCAGCAUCUGCCAUUGUUCCAGCAGAAUUAUAAAUGGCUUCAGUGACCAUCUAAAUAUGAACAAUUACAGGCCAAUCUCAAAUUUACCAUUCUUAAGAAAAAUUCUUGAAAAAGUUGUGGCUUGACAAUUGAAAUCUUACCUAAAUGCUAAUGGCCUUUUUGAACCUUUUCACUCAGGAUUAUUCUCACCACAUAGCACUGAAACUGCCCUUCUUCGUGUGGUUAAUGACAUUCUUCUGUCCAUGGAUUCUGGGUUAAUUAACAUCCUGAUUUUUUUCGAUAUAAAUUCUACAUUUGACACAGUCUGCCAUGAAAUUCUCAUAUCGGUAUCACUGGUUCAGCUCUUUCCUGGCUCAUUUCCUACAUCAGCGAAAGAAAAUAUUAUAUCACCAUACAAGGGUAUAAAUCUGCCACUGCUCCAGUCUCAAAAGGGUGUUCCUCAAGGUUCAGUUCUUGGUCCACUUCUGAUAAUCAUCGAUAUUUCUCCACUGGGUGACAUCAAACGCAUGCAUGGGCUUCAAUUUCAUUGCUUUGCUGAUAGGAUAUCCCUGCCUGACUUACUUAUUGCAUGCAUCAGGGAUAUCAAUCACUGGAUGUCCUUGAAUUUUCCUAAACUAAAUAAAAACAAAUCCAAAAUAUUGAUGGAUUGAGCUCUAUCUUUUGCCUCUCAUAUUUCUUCUGUCGUUAAAAACUCUUUUUCCAUCUACGCAAUAUUGCACAUCUUCUAUCUUCUCUCACUCUAGAUGAUACUGAAAUCUUAAUUCAUGCAUUAAUCACAUCACGUCUGGAUUAUUGCAAUACUCUAUUUCUUGGUCUCCCUAAAAAACUCAUAGCAAGGUAACAGUAUGUUCAAAACUCAGCAGGUAGAGUUCUCACCUACACCAGGCGUUCUGCUCACAUUACUCCUCUACUGCAUGAUCUUCACUGGCUACCUGUGGAAUCACGCAUUCACUUUAAGAUAACUUCUAACAUUUCAGGCAUUAAAUGGUCUUGCGCCUCCAUAUCUGUCUGCACUGUAUGAAGCGACCUUGAGCUAUGGAAAGGCGCUAUUUAAAUUAAACUUCUUAUUCUUCUAAUUUAUAAAAAUAUAUACUUAAGUAUAUUUUUGGAGAUGGCGCUUAUCCAAUCAUUUGUUAAAUCUUAAUGCGCAAGUGCAGUCAGGCACACUCGAAUCUCAACACAAGCACGGACAUGUCAGUUUAACAGCAAUACAAUUAUGUUGUUGCUGAAAAACGAAUAAAUCAUAUUUAUCAGAAAUUCUUCUCCCAUCCGCCAUGUUUAAAGUUUGGGAGAAUUGUUAUGUAAGCUGAAUUUUUGGUCUUCCUCUUUAAAAAAGUAGUUUUUGCCAAGAUAUUUGUACUUUUGCUCAUGUAUGAUGUACUUUAUACAUCAUUGAUAAAUACCCUUUUGUUAAUCGGUUGUGGGAAGACGUCCUAUACACAUUAACUUUUAGUCCAUCAUGACCCUCUGUAAAAUUCUUAUGAAAUAUGCAAAAGCAAUUCUACUUAAACCUUGAAUUGUACUGGAAUGAUUUAUUUGAGUGCCCCUAUUAGUUUUAAAAAUGCUGUGAAUAGACAAAAGCAGGAAAUCUUUUUUAAAAUACACAAUAAUUUGAAUUCAUCUAGUUUAAUGACAAAUUAUAUUUCCAAAGUGCCCUGUGUGGUCAAGUGAUUACCCAGCAAACACAGUUCAUUCUGCCGCCGCCGCCAGUUCGUCUUCAUUUGGUCACUGUGACAUUAUUUUGUGACCACAUUUUGAGGAUGCCUUGGCAAUGUUCCAUUUUUUUUGAAACGUUUCUGCUAACGUUCCAGAAACGUCCUAGCCACGUCCUCAAAUAAUGUUGUGAAUUAAUCCCAUGGAGAAUGUUGUAGAGACAUGAUGAGGUCUUUAGAUAUGUUAUUAAAUAGAAAAUUUAUGAAAAUGCUACAUUAAAAGACAACUGCUGUAAAAACGACUUCUGACAGCUAUUAAACAGGAGUUUCAUUCAAUACCACAAUUAAAUUUGCAAUUCUAAUCAUUUAUUGCGUGUGUCUGAUAUGUGCAUGCGUGUCUCCAGCACCUGCCUUCUCUGUUUUUCAAAGAGCUGCUCGCUAGCAUAAUUAAAAAUUAACGGUCAUUUAUUUUUACCUCACUGUAUGAUAUAUUACUUUAACAAUAUUCUUUAUUUACUUUAUAACCUUACAUAUGUAAGAGUAAACACACAUUUUUGUGAUUUUCGUUCAAUUUGGCGCGUUUAAAUAAACAGACAAUGAUGUUUGUGAAUGUGACUAAAGAAGCUUUUGAUUGCUGUUUCUAAAACGGACAA